UAUGAUCAUAUAUUUGGUGAUGAUACUGUCCGGACUCUAAUCCUAGUUCAUACCUUUAACUAUGUCUUUCGGUACCAGUCACUCGGUUGAAUCUUCCUCCUCCUAUUCGCCACAACCGUGCCGUCAAUUUACCUUAUCCGAGAUUGAACUUGCAACCCAAAACUUUGAUGAGUCGUUGGUGAUAGGACGUGGGGGGUUUGGCAAAGUUUACAGAGGAACCAUCACUUACGGGGAAACAUAUUUGGAUGCUGCAAUUAAGCGACUGGAAUCAGGUUCUACUCAAGGAGCGGUAGAGUUUUGGGCUGAAAUUGAGAUGCUCUCAAAUUUAAGGCACUCUCAUUUGGUGUCUUUAAUUGGUUACUGUAAUGAUGGGCAAGAGAUGAUUCUUGUAUAUGAACAUAUGCCCAAUGGAACUCUUGCAGAUGGUAUCCACAAGCGUCGAGCUCCUCUAACUUGGGUGAGAAGACUUAAAAUAUGCAUAGGGGCGGCUCGUAGUUUAGAUUACUUGCACACUGGUACGGAUAUUAAGCAUGGAGUUAUACAUCGGGAUGUUAAGAGCACUAAUAUAUUGUUAGAUGACAAUUGGGCAGCUAAGGUUUCGGACUUUGGUUUGUCCAAAAUUGGUCCAACGAAUCAGCCUUCAACUUAUGUUAACACUUUGGUGAGAGGCACCUUUGGAUAUAUGGAUCCGGAUUAUUUUCAAACAGGUAGGCUGACUCGAAAGUCUGACGUGUAUGCCUUUGGGGUGGUCUUGUUUGAAGUCUUAUGUGGGAAACAAGCAGUGGAUAGAAGUAUUGAUUAGGAGCAGCGGGGAUUGGCAACAUGGGCUCAAGACUCCAUCAAAGAAGGAAGGGUAAAGCAGAUAGUUGAUUAUAAUUUAAGGGGGAGAAUAUCCCCUAAAUGUUUAAACUUGUUUGCACUACUAGCUGAUCGAUGUCUACAUAGCCGUCCCAAGCGACGUCCUACCAUGGCCGAGGUUGUGGUGGGUCUUGAGUCGAUCUUAGCCUUACAGGAAAAAACUGACAAUACAUUGCUCCACAAACUUUUAGCUGGAGGUACAAGUUUAAAAUCCAUGGAUCGAUACCUCUACACUGUUGGAGGUGAAGACCGGAUAGUACAGCGGUUUGAUCUUAAUACUAUUGUUUAUGCAACUGAAAACUUCUCUGAAGCUAAUAAGAUUUCAUCUGACCAUAAUGGGUCCAUGUAUAAGGGAAGGCUACAAAAUGGACAAGACAUAACAAUCACUCAGUACUCCAAUGCCAGCAAACAUCGCAGAACAAACCAAGAA